AUGGGUCCUGGUGACUCGCCAUACUCGGGAGGCGUCUUCUUCCUGACCAUCCACUUCCCUACCGAUUAUCCUUUUAAGCCACCCAAGGUCAACUUCACCACUCGUAUCUACCACCCCAACAUCAACUCGAAUGGCAGUAUCUGCCUUGACAUUCUGCGAGACCAGUGGAGCCCCGCUCUUACAAUCUCUAAAGUGCUGCUUUCGAUCUGCUCAAUGCUCACAGACCCUAACCCGGACGACCCGUUGGUGCCUGAGAUCGCUCACGUCUACAAGACCGACCGCCCUCGGUACGAAGCGACGGCCCGCGAGUGGACACGCAAAUACGCUAUUUGA